AUUUGUUUUCGCUCGAGGGCAGUACAUAUUGCCUCCCCUUAAGGGGGGGGGACUAGUAUAUUGGUCCAUAUAUGAUUAAUUAUGGUUACAUUGUCUCAGUUGUCCAAGAGCAGCGGCAGGGAGCACUUGUGCUGUUUCCUGACUAAGAUUUUCAAGAAACCUCCUGUUAAGAUGGCAGCUCAGAGGAUCGCAGUGGUGACAGGAGGCAACAAAGGUAUCGGGUUUGGUGUAAUGAAGGAACUUUGUGCCAAAUUUGAUGGCAUAGUUUAUCUGACAGCUCGUGACGAAGGAAGAGGUCGUGCUGCUAUUGAGGAGCUCAAGAAGCUGGGACUGUCUGCUCGCUUUCAUCAACUUGAUAUUGACAACGCUGAGAGUAUUGCUACUUUUGCUGAUUACAUUAAGAAAACUUACGGUGGUUUUGAUGUGCUUGUCAACAAUGCAGCUAUUGCAUACAAGACAGCAGCAACCGAACCAUUUGGAGAACAAGCAGAGAACACAGUAAGGGUGAACUUUUUCGGCACUCUUGCAGUGUGUCGUUCACUUUUUCCCCUCUUGCGACCCCAUGCAAGAGUGUCAACAGUCUCCAGCUCUGCUGGUCAUCUCUUGAACAUUAAUGGAGAUGAACCUGCAGCAUCAGCUCUUAGACAGAAGUUUUCAUCCCCCUCACUGACAGAGGAAGAACUCUGUGAUUUAAUGAACCAGUUUGUCAAAAAAGCGAAUGAUGGAAGUGGAAAGCACGCCGGAUGGGCCAAUGGCAGCUAUGUUGUCAGCAAAGUAGGAGUGUCAGCUCUCACACGUGUCCAGCAGCGAGCAUUUGAUGCUGACUCUCGUCCUGAUAUAGUGGUGAACAACUGUCAUCCUGGAUAUGUAGAUACAGACAUGUCUUCCCACAAGGGUCCUCUUACUAUUGAGGAAGGUGCUGCGUGUGUGGCUUAUUUAGCCCUCCUGCCACCUAACAUAAAGGAACCCCGAGGAGCCUACUUGUGGUACGACAAGCAAAUUGUUGAUUGGGUUAAUGGACCAGUGCCUAGUUUUGUAUAAGUUACAAUGGUGGAUUUUAUCACGGCAGAUGUACUGAACACAUCAUCUCUAGGCUGAGGAGCUGACAAAAUCAAACUCCUAGACAUCUUCCACUGUUUUUAUCUGUAUUGGAUUGAUAAAGCAACUGGUUGGCAAAACAUUUCCACAGUAAAGAUAACCAAUUGUCA